UUGUAUUCUUCUUUUUGACAUGUGCCCUAUAAGGUCUCACCAACAAGAACAUCUGUUUGUGUGAAUACCCAUCAAACAUAUAAAGUUUGGACCCAGCAAUAAGUAGUGGCUUGCAGAACUCGAUUUUACACCGCACUCGACCUGCCGAUCUAUCUAGCUUCUUUUUUUUUUUUUUUUUUUGUUGCUCUUCUUUAAUCUUUUUUUUUUUCUCUUGUUCAUUUGCCCACCAUCCGUCCCCCAAAUGGCCGUCCCUAACGCCGUCCCUUGGGGAGACGUUCCUAGACGCGAUCAACUUUUUGUACUUGUGACAGGAACAAACAGCGGCGUCGGCACCGGAAUCGCAGAGCGCCUGAUCGACGAGUUCCUAGUCAAGCGCUCCCUCACCUCGCACCUCAUUCUCAUCGUCACCACCCGAAGCAAGGCCAAGUCUCAGCAGAUCAUCGACAUACUCCGAAAGCAUGUUCGCAAGGCGGCCGAAGCGAAGAAGCUGAGGGGCCGCGCAGGUCCCUCGUACGAUCCCGAAUCCACCGUCGCGAGGAUACACCUGGUCGGCAUCCUGGUCGACCUGUGCAACCUGCACAGCGUCUACGCGGCCGCCAACCUGCUCAAGGACGGCGGAUCGCCCGCGGCCGGCAGCAACUGCCCAUCGUCGGUGCGCGUCCCGCGCCUCGAUUCGAUCAUCCUCAACGCAGGCUACGGCAACUGGACGAGCCUCAACUGGUGGGGUCUCUUUGUGCAGCUGGUCACCAAGGGGAUCCCCAUCUCCUUUACGUGGCCCGCGUUCAAGAACGCCGCCAAGGGCACCCUCGUGGACCCACUGACCGGACGCGUCCUAACGAAGGAGCAAGCCAUCGCCGAGGGCCGGACCUCGGCAGAGCUGCUCGGCGAGACCUUCACCGCAAAUCUGUUUGGCCACUACAUGUUCGCCCACGCGCUGUUGCCGCUGCUCAGGCGGUCGCCCGAGCAGCUCGCAGAGGAGGCGCUAAGCCCCGCCAGGAUAAUAUGGCAGGGGAGCGUCACCGUCGGGCCCGACGAAUACUCCACGUCUGACCCUCAGGGCCUGCGUCACCACGACGCCUACGACUACGUCAAGCGGCUGAACGACAUACUCGUCUUCUCGUCGACGCUGCCCAAGCCGAAGCCGCUCGCCACGGCAUACCUCCUCGGCGAGGAUAACAAUGACGGCAAGAACAACAGUGACAAGCUGGUGGCGCCGCGCAUGUACCUUACGCACCCUGGCAUCACCAACACGGCAAUCUUUGCCCUGCCUUUCACGCUGAGCGUGAUCUGGGGCUGGGUCAUGUACCUCACGCGCUGGCUCGGGUCGGUGUGGCACGUCGGUUCACCCUACAACUCGGCCUUCUCGCCCGUGUGGAUCGCUCUGGAGGAGCAGUCCCGGCUCGACGACAUGGAGGCGCACCGCUCCAAGUGGGGGAGCGCCUGCUCGCGCUGGCGCGGCACGCUGGGGGCCAAGAAGACCGAGAUACAUGGCUGGGGCUGGGACGGCCGCCUGGCCUCGCACCCUAGGGGAAGGCCCGCCGAGAGCGAAACGGGCUUCCUAUCCAGGGACCUUGGCAGGCGCCAGGACGCGGUUGAGCUGACGCAGGAUGCGCUCGCAGAGUUUGAGGAGCAGGGCGCCGAGUGCUGGCGCGAGAUGGAGAGGCUGAGGGCCGAGUGGGAGGAGAGGCUGGGAGUCAGGACCGCUGCCAGCGGAGACAAGAUUGCGUUGGCUGCCUAGAGCAGGAAUUUGAUGGUCUGAUGAUUCUUUCUUGUUGUAUUGUUGAAAAAUCAACGGUGCGAUAUAUCUUGCUCCUGAUGAGUAAGCUUGGUACUAUGUAUGGGCGUUUGGCCUGUCUAUUCUUUGUAAUUUUGGCAACUUCAUUCCUGCAACUUUGAACAUAGUAAUUUUAAUUUUGCACGAAGACAACG